AGCAAAGAGAUAUAGACAAAGCCCUUUUUUUCACCCUCUCUCCCCACCCCUCCCCUAGCUAUAUAUGAUCCCCUCAUGCCCCAAGCCUUUCUACAACACAAGCACAAUGCACCUUCACCUUUCCACCCCAUAAAGCCUCCGUUGGCACCCCUAUCCCACUAAGGAGCAAAAAGAGAAGAGGGAAAGGAAGCAAGCCAAAGGCCGAGGCCGAGGCCAAGGCAACGUAGCCGGUUGUGUGCAAGGCUACUCACGUACGUAGCUAGUAAGGGCUAGCCCUUAAAACAACAACAAGAAGAAGAAAGCCCCCAACACUUAUGGCACUAGUCAAGAGCCACCACCAAAUGUUGGCCUCCUCCUCCACCUCCUCGUCCUCCCCCUCCUCCCAGCAGUUGCAGCAGCUGCAGCAGACGCAGCCGCCGCCGCCGCCGCCCCUGGCGCCGCCUCCGCCGGCCACCGACCAGCCUUCCCCCGCCAAGCGCAAGAGGCGCCCUCCCGGCACGCCAGACCCUGAUGCGGAGGUGGUGGCGCUGACGCCGAGGACGCUGCUGGAGUCGGACCGGUACGUGUGCGAGAUCUGCGGGCAGGGGUUCCAGCGGGAGCAGAACCUCCAGAUGCACCGGCGGCGGCACAAGGUCCCCUGGCGGCUGGUGAAGCGGGCUCCGGCGCCGUCGGCAGGGGAGGACGGCGGCACGGGCACGGCGGGAGCGGCCGGCGCGACGACGGUGCCGAGGAAGCGCGUGUUCGUGUGCCCCGAGCCGAGCUGCCUCCACCACGACCCGGCCCACGCGCUGGGCGACCUGGUGGGGAUCAAGAAGCACUUCCGGCGCAAGCACGGCGGGCGGCGGCAGUGGGUGUGCGCCCGCUGCGCCAAGGGCUACGCCGUCCAGUCCGACUACAAGGCGCACCUCAAGACCUGCGGCACCCGCGGCCACUCCUGCGACUGCGGCCGCGUCUUCUCCCGGGUGGAGAGCUUCAUCGAGCACCAGGACGCGUGCAACUCCGGCCGGAUGCGCGGCGACGCGGGGGCCGUGCCGUCGGUGCUCCCUGUGCUCCGGCCCGCCGUUCCCAGGCAUCCGCCUACGGGGGUGCCAUCGACGCCGCCGCCGGAGCUCCAGCUCCUCCCGGUAGCUACCAAGGCGCCGCUGAACGCCGCGCCCACCGUAUUCUCCGCCUCCCACGAGCCCCACGCGACGACCAAGCUGGAGCUCUCCAUCGGCCCACUCGCGUCCUCGGACGGCGUCUCCGGCGCCGCCGCGGCCGACGAAGGGCGGGAAGAGCUGAUGCGUGCCAUGCAGGAGAAGGCCGCCGCGGACGGCGAGCGGGCGCGGGCGCGGGAAGAGGCGGCGGCGGCGGAGCGCGCGCUGGAGGAGGCGCGGCGCGCGCGGCAGCGGGCCCGGGGCGAGCUGGAGAAAGCGUGCGCGCUGCGUGACCACGCCGCGCGGCUGCUCGCGCAGGUCACAUGCCACGCGUGCCGGCAGCGCUCGUUCGGCAUGGUGCACAUGGGCGUCGCGGCCGGCGGCGGUGACGGCGGCCACGGCGGCUCCGCGGUGGCCUGCGAGGCCCUGAGGAGAGGAGGAGGGUUGGGACUGUAGGGGCGGCGCGCGGCGUCCAUGCAUGCAUGUACAAACCUUCACGUUCGCGCGUCGACCGAACGUAUACGUGCUCGCGUGACUACGUAACUAAGGCCCGUGAUGUCGUGGCUACGGGGUGCGCUUAAUUAUAUGCAUGCGCUUUUGCAGUUCAGUAAAGUUUACGAAUUAAUCAACGGACUUCUAAGAAA